AUGCCGACGCGCGCAAUAAAAGCUAUUUUCUAUACGCGCUUCCACCAUGAAAAGGGGAACCGCGUACUCCACCAAGUCCCUCCGGGAGCCAUAAUUCCCUCUACCCUGCCCUCCGCCUUGACUACACCACUGUUUCCCUUCUCCUCUGUCACUCAGUAUCUCAUACCCACACAGCAAUUCUGCGACCGCCUGCUCACAUUUUGCGUAAAUCACCACCGCGUUAUUGGCUAUCCAGUUUGCAUACGAGAAGGUAAAUACAGUAGGAAUGAAUUUAUCUUCAACUUUGCUAUAGUGAUUGGCGAGAAUGAACGCGACUGGGCGUGCUAUGGGGAAGUGGCGCGAAAGCUGGGACGGCUGCUAAGGGGGUUAGAAGAACAGGGUGGAUUUCUGAGCAAAGAAGAGGUUGGUGUCUGGGACGAUGAUGGAGGUACUAUCGACGCAGGCCUAGACAAUGGUGUUUGUGGAUUUGGAGUAGGCGGUGGAAGCAAAGUGUAUGCGCUGUGUGAAAUGGUGCUGGAAGAUCUGAAUAACUAUGCCGAAUGCAUGAUACCAAUUGUGCUAGACGACUCCAACACGAUCAACCUGAAGCUGUUCCCUACACGACCUCCUCCGCCACCCAUCCUCGCCCAUCAAGUCCCACUGCUUACAAUCUCCCUAUCAAGUCUACAGCAACCCGUAUCUUCGGAUCUUACACUGAACCGGAUCCUCCCGUAUAUCAACGGUAUCAACUCGAUAGCGCACAUUGCACAGCUUGCUGAUACUGACCUCUCGUUGACACGGAAAGCGAUUCAGCAUUUGGUAUAUUAUGGAUGUCUUGUAUUGCUGGAUAUCUUCAGCUUUGGGGCAAUCUAUGCACCAACAGCAGAGAUUGGUGGCUUCAUUAUAGAUGCAGAGGUAAAAGACGAAUGCAUGCGCUAUGUCAGGGUGCCGAGGAUGAAGUUGGGCCCUAACGCGAAAUCCGCGGUGGGGUCUACGCUCAAGAUUUCGGAAUUUGAUGCCCACAUUGCAGCACAGAAGAAAGAGGAGGAAGAGGAAAAGGCCAUUCAGACCAGUCAUGAGACCCUGAUAACAUUAUACACUUCACUGCGCCAGGGCCUCACGCUAAAGAACUGGGUGCUGGAGAAUCUGGACCUCCUCUCUGGCAUCGACGUGCGCCGUCUCAUCACCUUUGGCGUCAUCAAAGGCUUCCUCUACCGCCACCUCCAACAGCAACAACAAUCAAGUCCCCACCACCUUGGUGCACCCAAAACCGAGGAAGCUCACCACCAGCUCCUGCACAAUAGCGGGAUUAUCGACGAUCGCGACACGAGCGGCCUGCCUUUGCUCAAGUUUCUUGAUGGCAUGCAUUGCUUUGAUGAGAUUUGUACCGACUUGGGACUGGCGGAGCGUGUGGUCGAGGGCAAGAUAAGGGGGAUGGGUGAUGGGGCGGGUGUUGUAGUGCAUAGGUAGU